AUGCCUUCGCGCACUCGCAAAGGUCCUGCCGAUGAGGCCGAGGAGGAGACUGGCCUUCGCAGCUUGUCCUUCAAUCAGCCGCUCUCCUGGCGCGUGGGGCGCUCCGCCAUCCCCAUCGCCGAUCUCCUCGAACGUCUACAGACCCUCGCCCAGGAACUUCGCAAACUCGAACAGGAGGAAAUUGACAAGGAAUCUCUGACCAAGGUCUCCCAAGAGCUCGCCAGUGCUCAUUUGCUAGCGCAUAAGGACAGGGGUGUGAGGGCAUGGGCUACCUGUUGCAUUGUCGAUGUCUUGCGGCUUUGCGCGCCGGACGCGCCCUUCACGAGGAAUCAGCUCAAGGAUAUCUUCACCUGUGUGGUCACGUCCAUCAUCCCCGCACUGGCUGAUCCAUCCAACGCCUACAAUGCGCAGCAUAUCUACGUCUUGGGCUCGCUCGCCGAGGUCAAGAGUAUCGUUCUCAUGACGGAUCUUGAUCAUCCCGACUCGCUCAUCGUUCCCCUGUUCACCGCCUGUUUCGACAUUGUCUCAGGAUCGUCCAAGGCCUCCACAGGCGAGGAAGUCGCCAAGGGUGUAGAGUUCGACAUGACUCGAUUGCUGGUUACUGUUAUUGAUGAGACCCCAGUUUUGGCCGCGGAAGUAGUGGACACCAUCGUGGCGCAAUUCUUGCGGGUUGACCCUCGAGUGCUGGACAACCCCAAGAAGGGCAAGCGGGCCGACGCACCCUUGGACGCCAAACAGGAUACCCUGCUAUUGAAGGAUUACCCUCCGGCCUACAACAUGGCCAAGGCUAUUUGCCAGGCUUGCCCAGAGCGAAUGACCAGCCAUAUUAGCCAGUACUUCAACAAUGUAAUUAUUGACGCGUCUGGUCAAUCCAACCAGGCAAAUGGAGCCAAGGGCGGCUCCCGCAAGCCGAAUCUCGACGACUCGGACGAGGAAGGCGAGGAUAUUAAGGAAUUGAGCAAGGCGCAUCGUUUGAUUCGAGAACUGUGGCGCGCCUGUCCAGAGGUCUUGCAAAACGUUAUCCCGCAGGUGGAAGCUGAGUUGUCUGCGGAAUCGGUUGCUCUGCGGUUGCUGGCCACCCAGACUAUUGGUGACCUCGCGGCAGGCAUCGGUGUUGCAGGACCACCACCUCCUCCGUCUAUGGAUCCCGCGGCAUACCCACCUGUCACCCUGGAAGAGUUGUCGCAAAUCGUGACUCAGACCAGUGUUCUUCUGACUCCGGUUUCCCCCAAGCCCUUUUCACAAGUGCAUGCCUCUGCCUACGAGGCAUUCCUGAGCCGGAGGCUUGACAAAACCCCUUCGGUGCGCGCUGCAUGGGCCACCGUUGUGGGCCGAAUUCUGUUGACCUCAGCUGGUGGUUCUGGUUUGAGUGAACACGAGGAACAAUCACUCGUCGAGAGCCUCGCCGCCAUGCUUCGUGAUGCCGAUGAGAAGGUCCGUGUUGCUGCAGUUGAUACCGUCGGGCAGUUCGGACUAUCCCAGGUCGUUCACAAGCUGGGGAUGAUGGGUGGAUGCUCUACGGAAAACUCUGUGCUUGCUAUCCUCGCAGAGCGAGUCAAGGAUCGGAAACCUCACGUCCGUGAGCACGCGAUGAAAAUUCUGGCACGCAUGUGGGCAGUUGCAGCUGGCGAGAUUGAACAAAACACCGAGCCUGCCGUGUCUCUGUUGAAGGAUGCGCCAUCCAAGAUCUUCGAUGCGUUCUACACCAACGAUCAGGAGAUUCAUAUCCUGAUCGACCGAGUCCUCUUUGAGACCCUUCUCCCUCUUAACUACCCUCCCAUCAAGACGAAACUCUCUCGGUCGACAUCGAACCAGUCGCAAAAGCAAAAGGACAGCCAGGCAUCGGAGCCGGACCAGGAAAACGAUGUUGAUAAGAUUCGUGUUCGACGAAUUCUUACGUUGCUUCGUGGCCUAGAUGAGAAGGCCCGAAGAGUGUUCUUUGUCAUGCUUGCACGUCAAUUAUCUAUGAGAUCAGUGAUGACGCUCUAUCUGGAGGCGUGUGAGAAGUACAAUGGCGGUGUUGUCGAUAAGAAUGAAGCCCAGGUCAAGGCCCAGCUUUCCCGGAUUAUUGACUCGUUGUCCAAGACUUUCCCAGAUGCGUCGCGUGCCUCUGCAGAUCUGUGGAAAUUCGCCAAGGUUCAUGACCGUCGCAGCUACCAGCUGAUACGCUUUGCCAUGGCAGCCGUUAGCGAUUAUCGUACCGUGAUUAAGGCUAUCAGGGAGCUUCAACGUCGUGCACAAAGCGCCAACAAUAGCCCCCUCCUCGAGACUAUCACACCUCUCCUAUAUCGCUCUGGCUCGCUUAUCUUCAACCGAAGCCAUAUUCCGGCCAUCAUGAGUCUAUCUCGGACUGAUGAAAACGGUCUGGCCAAUGCUGCACAGGAGAUGCUUAAGCAAAUAUCCUCUCAGAAUCCAGAGGUCUUGGAGGCACAGGUCCAAGAAAUGUGCAAGGAUCUUGAAGCGCAGGCCCCCAAGGCAAACUCAACUGGUGAUGCUAGCACCGAAGAGAUUCUUAAGGCCUGCGCCGGCUUUGCCAAGAAGCUGCCAGCCAAGCUUCCGAAGGAACGCAAGUUCUUCCAGGCUCUGAUCAACUACGCUUUGUAUAGUACCUCGCCCGCUUCUGCUAAGCAUGCUGUCUCUAUUCUCAUGGCCACGGCCGACCGUAAGGAGAUGUACGCCAAGGAUCUCGUCCAAAAAUGCGUCAAGAAAUGGUCCUACGGCUCUGACCACUUCCUCACUCGUCUGGGCGCCCUGUCACAGCUCAACCUUCUCGCGCCGAGAGAAGCCGAUGAGGCGAGCGACGCAAUCAUUUCAAUUGCUAUCAACCAAGUUCUCUUGACUAAUCGUGCCCCUGAGAAAGACCCUGAAUACAGCUGGUCUGAGACAGCGGAUGAGGAAACUGAGGCUAAGGAGUGGGCACUCAAGAUCAUCGUUAACCGUCUUCGGGCCAAGGAUGGGUCGGACGGUGAUGAUGAUUUCCGUGCACAUGCCGAACCCGUGUACGAUACGUUGAACAAGUUGGUUGCUGGGGAGGGUGAAUUGUCCAAAAAGAAGGACACUCCGGCGACCCAAAAGUCGCGCCUUCGCCUUCUCGCCGCCAAGUCUCUGGUCAAGCUGUGUGCGUCUGGAACACUGUGCGACCAACUGCUUACUCCGGCAAACUUAAACUCGAUUGCGUUGAUGGCACAAGAUAGACUUCUCCCGGUGCGCAGUGCGUUCAUCAAUCACUUGAAGAAGAAGCUUGUGCAGCGGACACACUUGAGCCAUCGCUGGUACAUCAUUCCUUGUCUGCUCGCUUUCGAGCCCAGCAAGACUUUGAAGGAGAGCACACUUACUUGGCUGCGAUCUCGGGCCGCCUUCUACUCCCAACAGGCCCAGGCAAGUGGAAAGCGAACCGAGCAAACCAUGGUGAUGGAGUUGAUCUUCUCGCGUCUCUUGUCCUUGCUUGCCUAUCACCCCGACUACCCAUCCGAUGACCUUGAUGAAUCGACGAGACUCGGGGAUUUGAGCGACUUCGCACAGUAUAUUAUCUACUAUCUUUCUGCCGUGGCCAACGAGCACAAUAUGUCCCUCAUCUUCCAUGUUGCCCAGCGCGUUAAGCAGUUCCGCGAUGGUAUCACUAAAUCCGAUAAAAUCUCGAAUCGCCUCCAUACUCUCUCCGACCUCGCUCAGGCCACGAUCCGACGCUUUGCUGAUAUUUACUCCCAACAACACAAGUUUGGCGGUGGUAGCAGCGGUGCUACGAAUCUUCUCCAGACGUAUCCUGGAAAGAUGGGUGUUCCCAGCUCUCUAUUCGCUUCAAUGACCAGCCACCGCGAGGCUCAGGACGUUGCAGACAAGAACUUCCUUCCCGAUGAGAUUGAUGAUCUGCUCGACCGCGUCGUACGGGCUGCUAUGAAGCCGCGAAACUCUCACGGCACACAGAGCGGUUCCGUGAAGAAGCGCAAGCCCGAGUCUUCUGAUGGGAACGGCAACUCGUCAGCGUCGAAGAAACCCCGCAAGGAGAAAUCUGGCCGACCACCUCGCAAGUCCACAUCGUCUAUCGGAGUGUCGGGCAAGUCCUCCCGGCGCAAGCGGACGGGCGAUGACGAAUGGCCGUCCGACGUGGGCUCUGAGGAUGACAAGCCCAAGUCUACCGCAGCCCGUCGGCGUAGUAGCCGCGGCACCGGCAAACAGGGAGUCAGCUAUGCCGACAAGGAUAGCGAUGAGGACGAUCAGGAGAUGCAUAAGUGGGAGGAGGCCCAAAGAGCUGAGGGCGAUGAUGAAGAGGAGGAAGAAGAAGUGCAAGACUCGGACGAGGAAAUGCAGGACGAGGAUGACGAGAACAAUGACCAAGAGGACGAAAAUGCCGAUGACGCAAGCGAGAAAGAGAACUCGCCGCCAGUCUCGCCAAAGCGUGGUGGAAAGGCGAAGACGAAUGCGAAGCCGUCCAGUUCAAAGAGCAACACUCGUGCAAAGCAACCAACUACAACAACAUUGCCGACGCGGCGGUCGUCUCGUCGAGGAUAA